AUGGCUUCACUCCUCUCAAGACGAGCUCUCCCUUACUUUACAGCAGGAGCAGUCGGCAUAGCCGGGACCGCAUACCUUUCCACGCGACGGCCCAUCAUGCUCGAUUCAGCCCACCAGCCGCCCACCAAGACAUUGGCCUUCCCAGCCUCGAUGCUCUUCAGCAAGCAGCUCACAGUCACCAAGUCAGAGCAGGUCAACCACGAUACCAAGCGCAUAACGUUUGCUCUUCCUGGAGGAGACAAUGAAAUCAGUGGUGUCCCAGCUGGCUCCGCAAUCCUAACCCAACACACACCCUCCAACGCCUGGCUCCCCGUCCUCCGCCCUUACACGCCCAUCUCCGACCCCACUACCCGUGGCACCCUCGAGCUCCUCGUAAAGCAGUACCCCAACGGCCGCGCCAGCACCUACAUGCACUCCCUUUCUCCCGGCGACCACCUCAGCGUUCGAGGUCCGAUCCCCGGCUACAACUGGAAGAUCCCACAAUCUUCCACUUCCGUCCUCCUCGUAGCCGGCGGCGCGGGCAUCACGCCUAUCUACUCUCUUGCGAAAGGCAUCCUCAGCAACGCCGACGACCAGACAAAAGUCCAGCUGCUAUGGGGUGUGAACGGCGAGCGGGACAUCGUGCUGAGAGACGAGUUAGAGGGGCUGGAGCAGCAAUAUCCCGGGAGGUUGCAGGUGACGUAUUGUGUCAGUGGGCCAGAUGCGCAAGAGAAGGGCGAGAAGUGGAGGAAGGGAUAUGUGAAUAAGGGUGUGUUGCAGCAGGCGAUUGAGAGGUGUGGAAGUUCGUGGGGUGAUGAUCAGGGGAAGAAGGUGUUUUUGUGUGGACCGCCGGCGAUGGAGAGUGCGGUGGGGAGCACGUUGACGGAGUUGGGACUGGGGAAGAAGGAGGUGCAUAAGUUUUGA